UAAUUGGUAGUUUGCAUUCGAGAGUCGAGCCGAGCUGUUGUCCAUAAGCGAGAGCACCGCGAGUGCAGCCAAACGAUCCUUGAGCCACAUAUCCUUUCAAAGUGAAAAAAAAAACACAAACUAUAAAUCGCAAUGCGUUUCAUUUAUUUAAUGCUGUUAUCCUUGUGUGUGUGCGCUGCCGUUUGGCCAGCAAAUGCGCUCGAAUGCUACGAAUGCGUUGGAUCGGAUUGUAAUGAUCUGAAUGAGGAUCAGCUAGUAAGCUGCGAUUUGGAUGAUAUUCCAGCAUCGACAACAACUACGGAAGGCUCAACGUCAGAGUCAUCGUCGAGCACAACGGAGUCGGAGACAAGUGACUCGACGACAACACCGUCCGGUACCACUGAUCCCACCAGCAAUGACACGACGGAAACCACUUUAGAAUCCGAGACUUCCACGCCAACUGCGGAAACAGGAUCAACCACAUCAUCGGAUACCAGUGAAUCCACCGAAACCUCAGUAGCAGAGACAACGGAAGCCUCCUCAACUCCAGCUGAAAGCACUGAUUCUUCAACAACGCCCGACACAUCAGCACCCAGUUCAUCGGAACCAACUACAGUUGAAACCAGCGAAGCUUCCACAACGCCCGACACAUCAGAAUCUACCGGAUCUUCAGCAUCCAGUUCAUCGGAACCAACUAUAGUUGAAACCAGCGAAGCUUCCACAACGCCCGACACAUCAGAAUCUACCGGAUCCUCAGCAUCCAGUUCAUCGGAGAUACCUACAGUUGAAACCAGCGAAGCUUCCACAACGCCCGACACAUCAGAAUCUACCGGAUCCUCAGCAUCCAGUUCAUCGGAGACACCUACAGUUGAAACCAGCGAAGCUUCCACAACGAUCGACACAUCAGAAUCUACCGGAUCCUCAGCAUCCAGUUCAUCGGAACCAACUAUAGUUGAAACCAGCGAAGCUUCCACAACGAUCGACACAUCAGAAUCUACCGGCUCCUCAGCAUCCAGUUCAUCGGAACCAACUAUAGUUGAAACCAGCGAAGCUUCCACAACGAUCGACACAUCAGAAUCUACCGGCUCCUCAGCAUCCAGUUCAUCGGAGGGAGCUACGGAUUCCUCAACAAGCCCUGAAUCCACAACGAUAAAUGAAGAGUCCACAACGAUUGCUCCAAAUGGAAAGCAAGCAGCCUUUGCUGCCGGGGCUCGAUCCGGCCGUGCGCGUCGCUCAUUGGCGGCCCGGGCAGCCGAUCAGCUGAUUCGCAACUAUCGGUCCCUUGAUCCAUACGCAAGAGCCGUUGAAUAUCGUACGGCGGCCUGCUACAGCAUCGAGAAAGAUGGCGUGCUUAAUCGCGGCUGCGUUCGCAUACCAGUUGGCCAGAGUGGCUGCCAGGCCGUGCGCGAGAAAGUUGGCUUGCCGGAGGACGCAGUGGGAGAUCUGUGCGAUGUGUGCCAGAUGGAUCGCUGCAAUGGCAGUGGCACUCUACGGAUGUCCUUGGCAGCGCUGCUGCUGCUUGUGGGCAUAUGGCUGAAGAGCCUCUUCUAGGGCUUACGUUAAUUUUAUAAUAUACAUAUAUAUAUGUAUUAUAUAUCUAUAUUAUAUAUAAAUAUGCUUAUUUCCAUUAA